AUGUAUGCAAUGCUCGAACUUUAUCAGGAACUGCCAAAAAUCACCGUUUUCGUAGAUGUCGCAGUGAGACUACUCAACUGUUCGAGAGUACUCUGGCCAUUUGCAUGUAGUACAAUUUUUAUGUUGGAAGACCUAAAAUUGUUUCUUGAAUCUCUCGAGUACUUUGAUGGACGUGUACAGUACAAAAAGCAGAAAAGAGGAAAACUCGUCGGCUUACUUUUGUGCUGUGUUUCCAUUGUUCUAAGAGCAGUAGAAUUCUCUUUGGCUACAGUUUAUCUUCGCCGGUUCCCUGAGAAUACACGCAUAGUACUGUGGAUACUGUAUGCAUUAUUUGGAGGCCUGGAAUCCCUCGUCCUACUGCAGAUCACCACACUUGUACUCGAACUGCGUGAGAGAUUUCGUGUACUCAACGACAGUAUCCUCAUCGCCGCCACUCCUCACGGUGAUAGGCACUUUUCGCGUAUCCUCCUGGGCUACGUUCAACAAGCGGCGCUGGUAUCCCAUGUCGGGGUGGACCGGCUGCACCACGCACACGCAGUUCUCCAGCGGGCAGCAGAAUUUUUCCAGCGCCACUUCGGCAUCAGCUUGGUCCUUCACAUAACGACAUCGUUCUCUGCUCUCAUUUAUGGCGCGUACGAGUUUCUGGUGUUGUGGGUGGCGCCAGAGAAGAGCCACGCCACCGUGGUCAACAAUUCCAAGGCGUCAGCGGCAGCGUGGCUGACGUCACACCUGCUGAACCUGGUGGCCGUGGUGCUCUCCUGCUCGGCGACGGUGGACGAGGCAGAGCGCACGCGCGACCUGGUGGUGAGGGUCGCCACCCUGCAGGGGCGCCCGUUUCUCAGCGCGGGGAUGGAGCCGCUGCUGAUGCAAGUGCUGACCUCUCGCCCGCUGUCGUUCAAGGCUGCCGGUUUCCUCACCAUCGACCGCCAUCUGCUGGUGUCCGCUCUCUGCGUCACCAUCACAUACUUAGUCAUAUUAGCUCAGAUUUCUCUCAAUUAA